UCACUGACUCCCUGGGAAUCCUGAUCAGAAAACUGAUUCACUGCUGAUUUACUGAGGAUGGCAAAGUUCGCCGUGCGUGUCUCCGUACUGCUGGUGUUGCUGCUGGUGGCACUGGAUGAAAGCAGUUCCAAUAAAUAUUGCUGCACACGGUACCAGCAAAACCCUGUCUCAGUAAAAAGGCUGAAAAGCUACACAGUCCAAGAUGACAACUGCAAACUCAGGGCAAUAAUUUUCAAGACUGAGAAAAACAGACAUAUCUGUGCCAAUCCUGAAGACCAGUGGGUGAAAAUUGCUAUUCAGUUACUGCCACGAAAACACUGAGGACAACAUUCACGGAGCUCACUUGAGUGCAUCA